GGGAAGCCGAGAAGCCGGGAGCGCGGGGCUCAGUCGGGGGGCGGCGGCGGCGGCGGCUCCGGGGAUGGCGGCGGCUCCGCUGCUGCUGCUGCUGCUGCUUGUGCCCGUGCCGCUGCUGCCGCUGCUGGCCCAGGGGCCCGGGGGGGCGCUGGGAAACCGGCAUGCGGUAUACUGGAACAGCUCCAACCAGCACCUGCGGCGAGAGGGCUACACGGUGCAGGUGAACGUGAACGACUAUCUGGAUAUUUACUGCCCGCACUACAAUAGUUCGGGGGUGGGCCCCGGGGCGGGGCCGGGGCCCGGGGGCGGGGCGGAGCAGUACGUGCUGUAUAUGGUGAGCCGGAGCGGCUACCGCACCUGCAACGCCAGCCAGGGCUUCAAGCGCUGGGAAUGCAACCGGCCGCACGCCCCCCACAGCCCCAUCAAGUUCUCGGAGAAGUUCCAGCGCUACAGCGCCUUCUCGCUGGGCUACGAGUUCCACGCCGGCCACGAGUACUACUACAUCUCCACGCCCACCCACAACCUGCACUGGAAGUGUCUGAGAAUGAAGGUGUUCGUCUGCUGCGCCUCAACAUCGCACUCCGGGGAGAAGCCGGUCCCCACUCUCCCCCAGUUCACCAUGGGCCCCAAUGUGAAGAUCAACGUGCUGGAAGACUUUGAGGGAGCGAACCCCCAGGUGCCCAAGCUUGAGAAGAGCAUCAGCGGGACCAGCCCCAAGCGGGAACACCUGCCCCUGGCCGUGGGCAUCGCCUUCUUCCUCAUGACACUCUUGGCCUCCUAGCUCUGCCCCCUCCCUUGUCGGGAGAGUCGGGGCGGGGCCGCGAAGGAGUGGGAAGCUUUUGGCCUCUCUGCAAGGGAAACCUAGCCGGGGCCUAGACCCCUCUUCCCAUGGCUGGAAGUGGGGUCAGCACCAUACAUCUGUGCUUGUCCCCUCUGCUCCCUUCCCCCCGGUAGGGCACUAUAGUGGACCAGGCACAGAGACAGCCUUGGAUCCCAGGUAGCCUUGUGGCUCUGGUAAUGUUUGGUACCAAACUGGGGGCCAUUAAAGGGCAGUGCUCAGGACUCCCUGCCCCUUGGUACCUUUUCUUGACCCCUGGUGUCCUCCUCGUUUGUUCCCCUAGAGAGACAAAUAUGCCCCAGAGAGAGCAAAUCGAAGCAUAGGAGGCACCCCCAUCACUGUCCUCCAGGGGCAGAACAUGGGGAGGGGACUAGAUGGGCGAGGGGUGGCACCGCCCGCCGCCCCCUUCCCCUGUUUACAGCAAUAAGCACGUCCUCCUCCCCCACUCCCACUCCUACUCCCAGGACUGUGGUUUGGAUUGAAUCCAAGUUUACAAGUAGAAAACCCUGGUGGGGCGGGCAGUGGACAAGGAUGGCAAGGGGUGGGCAUUGGGGUGCCAGGCAGGCAUGUACAGACUCUAUAUCUCUAUAUAUAAUGUACAGACAGAGUCCCUCUCCCUCUUUAACCCCCUGACCUUCGACUUCCCCUUCCAGCUUCAGACCCCUUCUCCACCAGGCUAGGCCCCCCCCACCUGGGGGACCCCCUGGCCCCUCUUUUGUCUUCUGUGAAGACAGGACCUAUGCAACGCACAGACACUUUUGGAGACCGUGAGACAAUAACGCCCCCUCCCUUCCAGCCCUGAGCCAGGAACCAACUCCCAGGACCUUGCCCUGCCUACCCUAUGUGGUCCCCACCCAUUCUCCUGGGCCUUUUUCAAGUGCUUUGGCUGUGACUUUCAUACUCUGCUCUUAGUCUAAAAAAAUAAACUGGAGAUAAAAAUAACUGAGUAUGUGUGAUUUCAAGGGGCCAUCACCCUUCUAUUAUUCUGGUUAAACCUCGCAGGUCACAAGGCCUGGGGAGGAGGAGUGGGUUCUAGGACCAAAGAGUCAACUUAACACCUUGUUUUGUGGCUUUUCUCCUUUAAGAAAGGCAGUUGUGUGUGGAGAGAGCAGCAGGGGCUUCCAUGCUGGGCCUGGUUGAUUUUGAGCAAAUCAUUUACUCUCUAUGAGCCUCAGGUAUCCCAUCAGAAAAACUGGGCUGUAAUAUAUCUCUGUCAAGGUUGGUGAGGAUUAAAUAACAUUGGGAGUUAAAGGCUCAA